AUGCGUGACAUGUCCGAAGGCACCGGCAUCCCGCUCGGCUCGCUCCACCGCGCCUUGAAAGCUGGGACGCUUCAACGCCGAUCGACACGCAUCAAGCCCUUGCUAUCCGACACAAACCAGGAGCAACGUUGGUUCAAUGCGGACAAGAACGUACGCAAGGUGUACCUUACCGCCGGGGAAGAGCCUGAACAACGUGCGUGGUCCAGCAAGCGGUUCAUUCCCAAAGUCAUGUUCCUCGCGGCGGUGGCGCGUCCUCGACAUGAUCCAGAGCGUGACAUCAACGUCGAUGGAAAGAUCGGAAUAUGGCCUAUCGUGGAGUUCCUACCUGCUGUGCGCAGCUCGCGCAACCGGCCGGCGGGAUCGCUCGUCCCAACCUUGGUGAACUUGAACGCCGCUGUCUACCGCAAGUAUGUCAUCACUCGAGUCAUUCCAGCCAUCAAGUUGAAGUUCCAUACAGCGAACAACGCGUUGUACCCCAGCAUGACAAUUCAACACCCCAUGGUGGCCUUACCGACGCUGACCUUGCGAGGGGUGUCCACAAACGGGUGGACCUUUGUUGUGCGGUGUCAGCGACCAAACAGCCCAGAUCUCAAUGUCUUGGAUCUGAGUUCCUUUGCCUCGAUCCAAACGCUUCAGUACAAGUUGGUCAGUCGAUCUUUGGGUGAGGCCAUUCAUGCAACCUACGCUGCGUUUGAACUUUGUGGUGGCGAUGCACUUGCUAACGUGCUCCUCACGUUGCAAUAA